AAUACAGUAGAGUAUAGUAAAGAAACACAGUAGAGUAAAGUGGAAUAAACAUUUAUUGUUUCCACAGACAGAGAGCAGUGUCUCCAGUCCCCAGCUGUCUGUCUGUGAAGAGUGACUGGUCUAUGGAAAAACCUCCAGACUUCAGUAAUGAACCUGAACCCUCAGACACAAAACAGAGAGCAGUGUCUCCAGUCCCCAGCUGUCUGUCUGUGAAGACUGACUGGUCUAUGGAAAAACCUCCAGACUUCAGUAAUGAACCUGGACCCUCAGACACAAAAAAGAAGAGCAAAACUCCUGUUUCUGUGGAGGAGCAGCGGUCCAGCUGUGCUUUGUGUCAGGACGUCCUGAAGGAUCCAGUCUCUACCAGCUGUGGACACUGGUUCUGCAGACAGUGCAUCGCCUCAUACUGGGACCAGUCUGCUUCAUCAGGAGACUCCCCCUGUCCCCAGUGUGGAAACAGAUCCAGAACAAGACUGCAGACAGCCAGUCAGACCAGCUGUGCACACACAGAUAGAGGUCUGCAGGAGGUUUUAGAUGAACAUAGGAUCAGUCUGAUGAGGAGAUGUGAAUGUGUGACUGAAGGAAGUGAAGAAACAGUGAGUAAAACCCUCCUCAACAGGAUCUACACUGAGCUCUACAUCACAGAGGGACUGAGUGAAGAGGUUAAUACUCAACAUGAGGUGAAGCAACUUGAGACAGCUUCCAAGAAAAAGACCCUCCGUGACACUCCAAUCAAGUACCACGACAUCUUUAAAGUCUUACCUGACCAACGGAAACACAUCAGAGUCGCUCUGACGGUCGGUGUUGCUGGCGUUGGAAAAACCUUCUCAGUGCAGAAGUUCACUCUGGACUGGGCAGAGGGUUUGGAAAACCAAGAUGUCAGUCUGGUGAUUCUGCUUUCGUUCAGGGAGCUGAACUUGAUCAAAGCUGAGCAGUACAGUCUUCUCAGGCUGCUCCAUGUUUUCCAUCCAACCUUACAGAAGGUCACAGCAGAGACGCUCGCUGUCUGUAACGUUUUGUUCAUCUUUGACGGCCUGGAUGAAAGCAGACCUUCACUGGAUUUCCACAACAAAGAGGUUGUGUCUGAUGUCACACAGCAGUCAUCAGUCAACGUGCUGUUGACAAACCUCAUCAGGGGGAAUCUGCUUCCUUCGGCUCUCGUCUGGAUAACUUCCCGACCUGCAGCAGCCAAUCAGAUCCCUCCUGCAUGUGUGGACAGGGUAACAGAAGUACGAGGCUUCACUGACGUCCAGAAGGAGGAGUACUUCAGGAGGAGAUUAAGUGAUGAAGAACGGUCCGGCAGAAUCAUCUCUCACAUCAAGACAUCCAGGAGCCUCCACAUCAUGUGUCUGAUCCCCGUCUUCUGCUGGAUCACUGCUACAGUUCUGGACCACAUGUUGACUACAGACCAGAGAGGAGAGCUGCCCCAGACCCUCACUGACAUGUACUCACACUUCCUGCUGGUUCAGACCAAGAGGAAGAAGCAGAAGUAUGAUGAGGGACAUGAGACGAGUCGACAGGAGCUGACGAAGGCGGACGGGAAACUUCUUCUGAAGCUGGGGAGGCUGGCGUUUGAACAUCUGGAGAAAGGAAACAUCAUGUUCUACCAAGAAGACCUGCAGCAGUGUGGUCUUGAUGCUACGGAGGCCUUGGUGUACUCAGGAGUUUGUACAGAGAUCUUCAAAAGAGAGAGUGUGAUCUUCCAGAAAACAGUCUACUGCUUUGUUCAUCUGAGCAUUCAGGAGUUUCUGGCUGCAGUCUACCUGUUCCACUGUUACAGCAACAGGAACACAGAGGUACUGAAGGACUUCCUGGGGAAACACUGGAAGAAUGACUCAUCCCUGGAUGUCUUCCUGUCUGAAGCCAUGAAGAAAUCCCUCAGAAGUAAGAAUGGCCACCUGGACCUGUUUGUCCGCUUUCUCCACGGCCUCUCUCUUAAGUCCAACCAGAGACUCUUAGGAGGCCUGCUGGGUCAGACAGACAACAGUCCAGAAAUUAUCCAGAGAGCCAUCAACAACCUGAAGAAAAUGAAGAGUGACGAUAUCUCUGCUGACAGAAGCAUCAACAUCUUCCACUGUCUGACAGAGAUGAAGGACCUCUCAGUACAUCAGGAGAUCCAAGAGUUCAUGCAGUCAGAGAACAGAUCAGAGAAGUACUUCUCGAAGAAGAAACUCUCUGAGAUCCAGUGCUCAGCUCUGGCUCACAUGCUGCAGAUGUCAGAGAAGGUUCUGGAUGAGUUGGACCUGCAGAUGUACAAGACAUCAGAGGAGGGACGACGGAGACUGAUUCCAGCUGUGAGGAACUGCAGAAAGGCUGUACUUUCUGGAUGUGACAUCUCAGAUACUGAAUGUGAAGUCGUGGCCUCAGCUCUGAAGUCCAACCCCUCCCAUCUGAGAGAGCUGCAGCUGGAUAUGGGAUCACUGGAGGAUUCAGGAGUGAAGCUGCUGUCUGCUGGACUGCAGAGUCCAAACUGUAGACUGGAGACGCUGAGAUUGAUGGUUUCCUGUUGGUCAGAGAUCAGCUGGGAUCCUCUGGUCUCAGCUCUGAAGUCCAACCCCUCCCAUCUGAGAGAGCUGGACUUGGGUUACAACGAGCUACAGGAUUCAUUAGUGAAGCUGCUGUGUGACCUUCUGGAGAGUCCAGACUGCAGACUGGAGACUCUCAGAUUGGAGGGCUGCAGUCUGCCAGAGAUCAGCUGGGAUCCUCUGGUCUUAGCUCUGAAGUCCAACCCCUCCCAUAUGAGAGAGCUGGAGCUGAGUAACAUCACCCUGCAGGAUUCAACAGUGAAGCUGCUGUCUAAAUUUCUGAAGAGUCCAAACUGCAGACUGGAGACUCUCAGAUUGAGGGGCUGCAGUCUGUCAGAGAUCAGCUGGGCUCCUCUGGUCUCAGCUCUGAAGUCCAACCCCUCCCAUCUGAGAGAGCUGGACCUGAGGAACAACAACCUGCAGGAUUCAACAGUGAAGCUGCUGCGUGACCUUCUGGAGAGUCCAGACUGCAGACUGGAGACUCUCGGGUCAGUCAGGGUCCGACUCAGUCUCUGCUGGUUCAGCAGUAUUGUACUAACAGGGGGGUUAAUGUGUUACUCACGUUGGGGAAUCCCCCAGUUCUACCUUCCACUUGUAGCCUAGCUUAGCAGAACUAAUCAGUGAUUUCACUCAUUGCCUGCAGGUUCUCCUGUUCUUUCAUCUGGUGUUUCUUUUCUUUCAUUCUUCCACUAACAAUAAAACACAAGCUGACAAUGCAAAGCCAAGCAACAUGUUACAAGUUGUAACUUUGGAACUUGUGAUUUCACAGAAGAGUGAGACAGGUAGUGUGUUUGGUUUUUGGAUCCAGACUAAAGACGAGUUACUUCCUGUAAUGCAGGCUCAGAGCUGUCUGCAGUCAGUUGUAGUGUUUGCACAGAAGAUAUGAUGCCAUGUAAAGCGUUCCAUCAGACGGCUCGUGUCAGGACUCUGAAGCGGGCUGACUCUAACAACAAACUGUUAUUUAAACCUGAGACGUAACUUUUGGGAUUGUGUUC